AUGCCUUACUUCAGCACUCUUAUGCUUUCAUCCGAUACUUCCGUGGUACUGGCCACUACAGCUAGUCUGGCUGUUUUAAUUACUUAUCUCUAUACUCACAGUUGUACGAUCAAGGGAACGAGAUUUAAAAUCGGUCGAUGGUCCGCUGUGUUCACACAUUCCAAUAUACCUACUUUCACUUUGACUCGAAAUGUCAGUGCGUGGGGAACAGGUCCCGAAGAAGAAAUUACACAUCAUAUACUUUUAUCGAAAUCUGAAUGUGAGAAGAAAUCAGUCAAGAAUGAAAAUACCGCUUUGAUCAAUCGAAAAGGUAAUCCUAUCGUAAAGUGGGAUACGAAUAGCCUACCUGGAAAUAUAAAGUGCGAAGAUGAGAUUUCUAUUGAUCUCCUAUCAAGGUCUGAUAUUCUCACACUCAGAGAUGGUGAAGAAGGUGUUAUCGGAAGAAUAGCAGAAGCUACAUUUAUGAUCAUUCAACACUGCGUGUAA